UGAUGCAUUCUUCCUGAGUUGUUUUACAGAUGCUAAAAUUACCACCAAAUGGAAGAAAUUAACUACUUGAUGAUCAUGAGCCCCCAGACCUACAGGCGCCUAAGAACUGAUAAUGUUAACCGCCUUGUUACCGCAACACCAACCAAUCAGAGAAGUGUGCAGGAGCUUGACCACCGUCACCUGGCUUUUAAAAAAAAUGCUUUGCUGAAAACCUUUGGCGAGUUGGGGGUGUUUUGAGCACGGACCACGCGUUCUCCUUGCUUGGUCCUGCAAUAAACCUUUCUCUGUUCCAGACUCCGACGUUUUGGUUGGUUUGGUCUCACUGUUCGUCCAGCUCACGAACUUGCGUUUUGUAACAAUUCUGAAUUUUUUAUUACCUUAAACCCUUCAAUACAAAUAUACGUUCAUUGUUAAAUUUAAUCUUCAAAAUACUUCGACAUUUAUUUUUUCCACUGUAUUUGAUGACUUUUUAAAUUGGGAAGACAUGGUAAUAUAUGUGUCCGUGUUUUAAUUACGUGAGUAAGCAAAGUGGAACGCCAGCUGCUUGUGAUAACAGUAAAGUGAGCUGGCCCGUUUUUUACAUGAAUAAAAUAAAUUUCGGCUUAAAAAAUGAAAAAACAGUAAGCGCACAACGGGACGCCCCUCUCAGCUGCGGGGCUUGGAGAACGUUCAGCCAACCUUUGGGAGCUUGGCCGCCUCCUGCGAGGCGGGAGCAGAAGGCCAUCGAGCCGCGGUCCUCCCGCAGUCCUAGAGCGACGCUAAAGUGAACCGCGGAGCGAGAGUCGGAGAUCAGCAAAGAGCUAAGACGGGGCUUGACAGCGUUUGGCCCUUCCUGCCGGUCGCUGGAGCGGGGUAUCCCUGAGGAGGCAGUCAAAAGAAAGUUCUCCAGAACAGAGAGAGCAGUCUGAAGCUGGGGAUGGCAACAGCAUUGGUAACCACUCCUUCCCUGGCUCCUCUGAAUCUGAAGAAGGAGGGACUUCACUUAGUGAAGGAGGAUAACCGCUCUCCUCGGGAACAGGGGGCCAAGCUGCAAGGAAACGGCGCAGGCCUCGGGCAGGAGCCACUGUGCAAACAGUUCAGGCAGUUGCGCUAUGAAGAGACCACAGGACCUCGAGAAGCGCUGAGCCGGCUCCGGGAGCUCUGCCGACAGUGGCUGCGGCCCGACGCCCACACCAAGGAGCAGAUCCUGGAGCUGCUGGUGCUGGAGCAGCUCCUGACCAUCCUGCCCGAGGAGCUGCAGGCCCGGGUGCGGGAGCAUCACCCAGAGAGUGGGGAAGAUGUGGUUGUUGUACUGGAGGAUUUGCAGCCAGAACUGAGAGGAACAGAACAACAGGUGGACCCAAACCAGGCAAAGAAACAGAAAAUGCUUGUGGAGGAGACGGCCCCUCUGAAAGCAGUGCUGAAGCAGCAGGUCCAGCCUGAGGGUGAAAUUCCCAAGCCCAAGAGACAGAAGGGUGAGGAGACAAGGAUUGAGAAUGGGAAGCUGGUUGUAGAGACAGACUCCUGUGGAGGAGUGGAAUCAUCUGGGAAAAUAUCUGAACCCAAAGAGGCUUAUUAUGAGGACUCUAACUUGGAUAGGCAGCAGGCCAAGGCCAAGGAGAAGACUGACUAUAAAUGCUCAGAAUGUGGGGAGGGGUUCAUCCAGCACUCAGACCUGAUUAAGCAUGAAGGUUCACACAGGGGAGAAAAGCUCUGUGAAUCUGAAGUGUGUCAGAGUUCUAGUCUUACUGGACAUCAGAAAAUCCACUCUAGAGAGAAGGGUCAUCAGUGUCAUGAGUGUGGGAAAACCUUUCAGAGAAGUUCACACCUUGUCAGACAUCAGAAAAUCCAUCUUGGCGAGAAGCCUUAUCAGUGCAAGGAGUGUGAAAAAGUCUUUAGCCAGAAUGCAGGCCUUUUGGAACAUCUCAGAAUCCAUACUGGAGAGAAACCUUACCUGUGUAUCCACUGUGGAAAGAACUUUCGGCGCAGCUCUCACCUUAAUCGACACCAGAGAAUUCACAGUCAGGAGGAGCCCUGUGAGUGCAAGGAGUGUGGGAAAACCUUUAGUCAGGCCCUACUCCUCACCCACCAUCAGAGAAUCCACAGCCACUCCAAAAGCCAUCAGUGUAACGAGUGUGGGAAAGCCUUCAGUUUGACCUCAGACCUUAUUCGACACCACAGGAUUCACACUGGAGAAAAACCUUUCAAGUGUACCAUAUGCCAGAAAGCCUUCCGACUAAACUCACACCUUACUCAGCACGUGAGAAUCCACAACGAGGAAAAACCGUACAAGUGUAAUGAAUGUGGAGAAGCCUUCAGACAGAGGUCAGGUCUUUUUCAACAUCAGAGAUAUCACCACAAAGACAAACAGGCUUGAUGAGGUGUCCUCUCCUUACGGACCAUCAGAGACAGUACAUUAACAAGCAAGCCGGCACUUCAGGAAAGGCACUCUAGCCAACUCUGGCAGAGAACUCUUGGGGACCAAAUUGGAGGCUAUCUGCCUCCUCUCUCUUUCCUUCGUUUUCCUUGUUGUCAGCUUUGGGCCACAGUAAUUUUCACCCUAGACCCUGGGGGAUCAAAGGUAAAUAGCAUUCUUUACUGCAGGACUUCUCAGAGCCUUUAGCAUGCUAAAUGCAUAGCUAUGCAUCUCCAAGUAGUAGAGAGCCUCAUGAUUGAGUGAGGGCUUUAAGUCAGCAAUGAAUCAAGUGUCCACAGAUUUACAGGCUUAAACAGAAAAAGAGCAGGUUGAUAUUUUCGCAUAUGCUACAGCAACAGACUCCUAUACAAUAAAACCAAUGACGUUUGGAAAUAUAUGACACUCAAAGGUAUCUUAAAGCACAGGUUAAUGGUAAACAUUUUCGCCCACUGGUUUUAUUACCCUGCCUGCCCUUAGCAUUAUCCUCUCCUUCCUUACCCCCAAUCAGCAUUUUGGAAAGCAAAGAUGAUCUAAUUUUACCUUUCGCAGCCCCAUCCCUGCCAUAAUACCUCAUUGAUUCAAGUUAGAGAGUAAGGUUUUAUUUAGACUAUGGAAGAGAUUUCAUAAGCCAUUUGAAUGAACUGGGCUGAAUUAAUCCAAGUAGCAACUGUCUUACUUCAUAACUCCAGUGUCAGUAUAGUGGCUGCUGCAUAGAAACUUCAAAAAAUGGGGAAAGAAAUUGGACUUUUUUCCUUUAAUACUGAGGACAGAAUUUUAAAAUGCUGCUUGUUCUGGAAUCUUGAAAGUCAAAUCAGAAAAACAGCUUGGAAGAGAUCAUGAUCUUCAUGUUGUGAAUGCCAAAAUGUCAUGGUAAUGAUGAAGAAUAUUAAGCUUAGGGAAGUCCACUUCUGAAUA